AUGGCGAAGUCGAAGACGAUUCUCGUGCUCAAUGCCGGGAGCUCGUCUCUCAAGUACGCGCUGUACGAAUUCGCGGAUGCGCUGAAGGCGAAGCUGGCGGUGUCGGGCCUGGUGGAGCAGAUCGGCACUCCCAAGGGCGUCAUCACGCACAAGGCCCUCUCCACCAACCAGACCAUCCAUGAGAAAGCGGUGUUCAGCGACCACAAGGAGGCCAUGUCGCACGCGCUGAAGCUGAUGGGGAUCAGCAAGGGCAGCAGCGCCGUGACGGCAGUGGGGCACAGAGCGGUGCACGGCGGUGAGGAAAUCAACAAGUCGUGCAUCAUCACGGAUCACGUGAAGGACGUGCUCAAGAAAUUCACGCCGCUCGCCCCGCUGCACAACCCGCCCAACCUCCAGGGCAUGGCAGUGGCGCAGGAGCUGCUGGACUGUCCGCAGGUGGCGGUGUUUGACACGGCGUUCCACAGCACCAUCCCGCCAUACGCCUACACGUACGCGCUGCCCUACCGCCUCUACAAGGAGUUGGGGGUGCGCCGCUACGGCUUCCAUGGCACCAGCUACAUGUACCUGCUCAGGGAGACGGCCAGGCAGCUGGGGAAGAAGGAGAGCGAGAUGAACAUGAUCACGCUGCACCUGGGCGCCGGUGCCAGCAUGGCGUGCAUCAAGGAGGGUAAGUGCAUUGACACCACGAUGGGAGUAACCCCCCUGGAAGGCCUCGUGAUGGCCACUCGGUGCGGCGACAUCGACCCAGCCAUUCCCAAGAUCCUCUAUGACCUUCAGGGCCUCUCCCCGGCUCAAAUCGACUCGCUACUCAACAAGGAGUCCGGGCUAGUUGGCAUCUGCGGGGACAAGGACAUGAAAGCAGUAGUAGACCGCGCUGAAGCCGCUGAAGCUGCAUGCAUACCCGCAGGGGAUGACCUGGAAGAUGGCGGCCGGCACCGGCUUGCUCUCGAGGUGUUUGUUCACCGGGUGAGGAAGUAUUUAGGAGCGUAUUUGGUGCAGCUGGGAGGGAAGGUGGACGCUAUUGUGUUCAGUGCGGGGAUUGGGGAGCGAUCGGCGCCGGUGCGUGCGCGGGUGUGCGCAGGAUUGGAGGCGUUUGGGAUUGAGGUGGAUAAGGCGAGGAAUGAGGAGGCAAGCAAGGGUGCGAGGGAGAUCUCGGUGGCAGGGGCGAAGAUCAAGGUGAUGGUUGUGCCGACUGAUGAAGAGCUGUGCAUCGCACAGGAGACCCUACGUGUGGUUGACGAGGCUCGCAAGGAAGAUGCAACUGGCGACGGCGGAGCGACGGCUGGAGCCGAGUCAGCAGUUGCGGACGUGGCAGCCGUUUCGUUAGCUGAAGCAGCAGCUGACGUGGAACAGACGAGUGAGCAGAAAGCGGAGAGCGUGGCUGCUGGGAGCGGAAAUGCAGGCGCGGGGAGGCGCAAGGAGCGGCGGAUGGUGAAAGAGUUUAAGAAGCGGUUGAGAAUCGCGGAUAUCAAGAACGGACCGGACGAAGGGAUGGAUCAGGUUGGACGCCACGUGGAGCUCCGUGGUUGGGUGCGAACUGUGCGCUCGCAAAAGGCCUUCUCUUUCAUUGAGCUCAACGACGGUUCGUCCCUCUCAGGCAUCCAGGUGGUGGCCACACCUGAGAUUGAAGGCUAUCAGGAGGUGGAGGGGGGCGGCAUUACCACAGGGGCUGCAGUAUCAGUGGAGGGCGAGGUGGUGGAGAGUCAGGGCAAGGGCCAGAAGAUUGAGAUCAAGGCUCAGAAGCUUACUCUUGUGGGUGGCAGUGAUGGCAGCACAUACCCACUGCAGAAGAAGCGGCACUCCUUGGAGUAUCUUCGCACCAUUGCACACCUCAGACCUCGCACCAACACCAUAGGCGCUGUGUCUCGCGUGCGCAGUGCACUAGCACAAGCGUCCCACCGCUUCUUCCAGUCGCACGGCUUCGUGUGGGUGGCAUCACCCAUCAUCACUGCGUCUGAUUGUGAAGGGGCCGGCGACCAGUUCCGAGUCACCACGCUGAUGCCAGGCAACCCAGAUGCGUCCACGCCAGUCAAGGCCAUCCCCACCAACAAGGACGGAUCCGUGGACUGGUCCCAGGAUUUCUUCAAGCGCCCGGCGUAUCUCACAGUGUCAGGGCAACUGAACGCGGAGAUCUACGCGUGUGCCCUGCACGAUGUGUACACGUUUGGCCCCACAUUCCGAGCAGAGAACUCCAACACCUCACGCCACCUCGCCGAGUUCUGGAUGAUCGAACCUGAGCUGGCAUUUGCUGACCUGGCAGAUGACAUGGCAUGUGCCACGGCAUACCUCAAGUACAUUCUCCACGAGGCCAUGAGCGAGUGUGCAGAGGACUUCAGAUUCUUUGACAAGUUUGUCGAGCCGGGGAUCAUCCAACGGCUCACGUCGGUGGUGGAGAGUGAGUUUGAGCAUGUGCCCUACACCGAUGCCAUCAACAUUCUCAAGAAGGCCAAGACCAAAUUCGACUACCCGGUGGAGUGGGGCAUUGACCUGCAGAGCGAGCACGAGAGGUACCUCACAGAGAAGGCCUUUAAGAACCGACCCAUCGUUGUCACUGACUAUCCCAAGGACAUAAAGGCAUUCUACAUGCGACUCAACGAUGAUGGCAAGACCGUAGCAGCAAUGGAUGUGCUCGUGCCUAGGGUGGGCGAGCUGAUUGGGGGCAGUCAGAGGGAGGAGCGGCUGGAGGUCUUGGAGGGGCGCAUGAGGGACGUGGGGCUCGACCCACAGGCCUACUGGUGGUACCUCGACCUCCGCAGAUACGGCUCAGUCCCCCAUGCAGGGUUUGGGCUGGGAUUUGAGCGGCUGGUGCAGUUUGCAACGGGCAAAGGAGGAUCGUCGGAGCAAGUCUGUGCAAAGUGCAGAAGCAGCGGCUUGGAUAGUGACAUUUGUUCUCACUCACAUUUGUUUCAGAUUCUUCAGCUCCCUCACAACAAGCCUGGCGCCAGGCUGUCUGCCGCCACCACCUCACCACUCAUAUUUUCCGCAGAUUCUUUUCAAUUUCACCUCAAAUUUCAGCUCGGAUUCUUCCCAUCUAUUGCUGACAGCCCUAAACCUCUCUUUCCACCUCCCUCUGUCUACCCACCAAUUCCCUGCCUUGUGCUCAUCCCAUCACCUCAGGCGUCGCGGUCGCGGUUGUUCAAGGAGUUGAAGGAAGCGCAGAAGGAGGCACGAGGAUCAGCCGAUGCUGACAUCAUACUCAGUUGCGACGAGAGCAACAUCUACAGAUGGACGGCCCUCAUCAAGGGCCCAGCUGACACGCCGUAUUACGGAGGGCAAUUUACCCUCACGAUCAACGUGCCACAGCAGUACCCCCUUGUGCCGCCCCAAGUGCGGUUUGCUACCAAGGUCUUCCACCCCAAUGUGCACUUCAAGACGGGGGAGAUCUGUUUGGACAUUCUCAAGACCGCAUGGAGCCCUGCCUGGACCCUCACAUCUGUCUGUCGAGCCAUCAUCACCCUCCUCUGCCACCCUGAGGCUGACAGCCCAUUGAAUUGCGACUCAGGCAAUCUGAUUCGAGCAGGGGACAACCGAGGCUACUGCUCCAUGGCCCGCAUGUACACUAAACUCCACGCCAUGCCGCCCGCAGCCAGAUGA